AUGUGGCCGUUUGCACGAGUAUUGAAAGGAAAUGGUUUGGACAGAGCCAAUCGCAGUGUGGAGAAAGAUUCAAUGAAGAAGGGAAAUGGACGGCUUCCAAUCAAGUGGAUGGCGCUGGAAGCUCUCGAUUCUCACAUGUAUACCGUUGAGAGUGAUGUGUGGUCGUACGGAAUCUUAUUAUGGGAAAUCAUGACAAUGGGAGGUACACCAUAUCCAACAAUCGCGAUGCCUCAACUUUACUCUGUGCUGAAAGGUGGUUACAGGAUGGAGGCCCCUCAAAAAUGCCCAACUGAGAUAUAUGAUCUUAUGGUGUCAUGUUGGCAGGAGAAACGGGAAAAACGGCCGACUUUCAAAAUGAUUGUGGACUACUUGGACUGGAUGUUACAGGAUGCAGAUAGCGACACAAUAUUCGAUGAUAUAGAAGGUGCUCCACCGCCUCCAUCAAGCGACGGCAGCCUCGGCAGGAAGUUGCGUACGCGACCGCUCUCAGCACCGGUAUUUCUUCCGUCAGAUUCACUAGUUGUAGCCUCAUGGGCGAGGAUUAUUAGAGGAUUCCAGCCACAACAUACCAUUUGUGACGACAAUGUUGACGGAGGUGGCUCGGCGUUGGUAAUGGGGGAGGCCGUUGAGGACUCAGAGAUAUUACAAUCAUCGGACCAAGAUCACCAGUACUGUAAUCAGCCGACUGACUCCUCACCCAAUUCCGCUCGAUUGGUUCGACAACAAACAGACCCAGGGUCUGGUAGGUUUCGCGUGAAAGAAGAAUCGGACUAUUCUGUACCUCGUGCUGUCGCUGAAGUGGCUGCCCCAUCUGUAGACUCAGCUAUUGGAUCUCCUGCUUGGAUUGCUCCAGAACUCUCAACCCACACACAUUACUCGGUCCCUUUUUUAGGCGAGCCGGGAGCGGUGCGAGUUGAGUCGGCAUACAUGAACGUCGCUGGCCAUCGUACCACUCCCACCCGAUUUCCGUUCCCUCCUCCCGUAUCCCUAGCGGACAGCCAUUUAAUGUACUCCGAUUCGGGCGCUUUCGAACAAUCUCUACAAUCCUCUUCUGACCUUGGAGCAACCAAUCAAGGUUUUAUGCCGUCACCGAACGCUUUCACAUCGGAUCAUAUCUCUAGGAGGCACUCGACCGAAUCUCACUGUUCUUCCGGUCGAGGAGGUUCAAGCCUCCUUUCGAGUAUUGAUGGAAUUGAAAGCGGCAUUGCGGCGUUUUGUCGACUGGAAUAUUCACAAACCAUACCACUAGAGCUUCGAGUGCAUCCGACGGAAAUCCAAACCUCGGACACGAACGUGUAG